AUGGGUUCUGAGCGUGAGAACAAGACGUUCCUCGCUCGGCUUUGCGAGCAGGCCGAGCGCUACGAUGAGAUGGUCACUUUCAUGAAGGAAGUCGCCAACAUUGGUGGCGAGCUCACUGUCGACGAGCGUAACCUUCUGUCCGUUGCCUACAAGAACGUCGUUGGCACCCGUCGUGCCUCCUGGCGCAUCAUCUCCUCCAUCGAGCAGAAGGAGGAGUCCAAGGGUACCGAUGAGCACGUUGGUAUUAUCCGCGAUUACCGCCAGAAGAUCGAGACCGAACUGGAGAAGGUCUGCCAGGAUGUCCUCGACGUCCUCGACGACGCUCUCAUCCCCAAGGCCGAGACUGGAGAGUCCAAGGUCUUCUACUACAAGAUGAAGGGUGACUACCACCGUUACCUUGCCGAGUUCGCUUCUGGCCCCAAGCGCAAGGGUGCCGCCACUGCUGCCCACGAGGCCUACAAGAGCGCCACAGAUGUCGCCCAGACCGAACUUACCCCCACCCACCCCAUCCGCCUGGGUCUCGCCCUGAACUUCUCCGUCUUCUACUACGAGAUCCUCAACUCCCCCGACCGUGCGUGCCACCUCGCCAAGCAGGCCUUCGAUGAUGCUAUUGCCGAGCUUGACUCUCUCUCCGAGGAGAGCUACCGCGACAGCACUCUGAUCAUGCAGCUCCUGCGCGACAACCUUACUCUCUGGACCUCAUCCGAGGGCACCGAGGGCGAGGGUGCCAAGGAGGACAAGCCUGAGGAGGAAGCCCAGGCCCCUGCUGCCGAGGCCGCCGCUGCUCCCGCCGAGGAGAAGCCCGAGGAGGCCAAGCCCGUCGAAGCUGACUCUUAA